AUGUUAAAGUCAAUCCUCAACGUCGUCACCCUCGCGGCCAUCACCUUGCUCCAUGGCAUUACCUUCGCUGCCCCCAUCGCAGAGCUGGUCCCUGUCUCUGCCCCUGGGCGCAUCCCAUCCCUCAACACCACCGAACUCGAACUCUUGCCCCGUCAAUCUGGCGAAGGCAUUCAUCUAAUGAACUGCAACCCUAUUAUGGGCGGCGCCGACCCAACCCGCAAAUGGACUUGGGUAUCAGCUGUUUUCUACUGCCCCAACGACGCCGACUGUAGCCGCCUCAACUACUCCCCCGACUACAACGAUGUCUGCAUCAUGAAAACCUCUUACACCGAAGGGGACUUCCACAGAUGGGAGGGAGGUGAGCAGUCUUGUAGAUUUCCCACAGGCGUCACCUUCAAGUGGGGUAUCAUUCCAAAUGCGCAGGCAUUCCGGGAUUAUUCACACGUUGGUUCCGGAUCCAAUGGCUACCGUGACUUUAGGGGUUAUAAGGAUAAUAAGGGUAAUGGUGCCAACAUGCCUGGACUUACUCAUUCUUGCAAGAAGAUCUAUUACUUCAUCUGA